GAGGAGCAGGUGAUCAGCCUGGGUCCUCAGGUGGCCGAGGGCGAGAACGUCUUCGGCGUCUGCCACAUCUUCGCCUCCUUCAACGACACCUUCGUCCACGUCACUGACCUCUCCGGAAAGGAAACGAUCUGCCGUGUGACCGGUGGGAUGAAGGUGAAGGCGGACAGAGACGAGUCUUCUCCGUACGCUGCCAUGUUGGCGGCUCAGGACGUCGCUCAGCGCUGCAAAGAGCUCGGCAUCACGGCGCUGCACAUAAAGUUGAGGGCCACUGGGGGCAACAGGUAAC